AUGGAGUGCCUUCGCGACAGCUUCUACGACGGCGCCAUGAUUGGCGGCCGGUACGAGACCGUCUCUCCACUCAACCAUGGGUCCUUCGGCAUGGUCUUCAUGGCCCGGGACACGCACACCAACCAGACCGUGGCCAUCAAGUGCUUGACCAAGAAGUCUGCGUCACCUGACGAGUACCUCGACUUUGCCAUCGAUGACAAGUCGGAGGAACUCGUGCUUCACGGCCAGCUCGAUUCUCAUCCGAACAUCGUCAACCUACUCGACUCAUUCGAGACGGAAGCGCAUAUCUACCUGGUGCUGGAGUUCUGCCCGCGCGGUGACCUGUACGAGGCCAUCCGCAUCGGCCAUGGUCCCCUAGAGACGGAGCACGUGAGGCGCUUCAUGCUCGAACUGGUUGAUGCCGUGGCGUACAUCCACGCCAAGGGGAUCUACCACCGCGACAUCAAGCCCGAGAACAUCUUCCUGACCCAGGAUGGAUCCAUGAAGCUGGGUGACUUUGGGCUUGCCACGACGGAUGAGUGGAGCUACGAGACGACGGUGGGCAGUGACCGGUACAUGUCGCCCGAGCAGUUUGACUCCGCGGGCGCUGGGUACUCGCCCCCGCAGGCUGACGUCUGGGCCAUCGGCGUCUGCCUGCUCAACAUCCUCUUCUCGCGGAACCCGUUCACGACACCCACGGAGGCGGACCCCUUGUUUCUCGACUUCAGCCGCGACAAGCAGUCCUUGUUCGACGUCUUCCCUUCCAUGUCCCAGGACACGUUCGAGGUCAUCGUGCAGUGCAUGAACCUGGACCCCACCAAGCGCUCCCUGGAAGGAGCCCGCGACGCCCUGGAGCGCGUCGUCAGCUUCACCACUCUUGACGAGGUCCCCGACGACUUCUGCUCCAGCGACCGCCGCGUCGUUGCCAGCUCCAACCGCGAGCCCCUCCGCACACCCUCCAUCCAGAGCCCGCAGGUCGACACCGGUGCGUUCCCGUGGGCUAAGGCCCUGCACGCGACGCCGCCGAAGGCAAUCCGCCAGCUCAGCGUCAUCCCCGACGACGAGAUGUACGAGGAGGACCUGUUCUCCAAGUCUGGCGCCACGACCGACUGGAUGUCGGGCACCGCCCAGACCCCGUCCCUGUCGUCGUACAUGGACUCCAACCUGGGCGGGUCCACGCACUCCUUCGCCGUCCCGGCCAACUUCCGCCCGGUGCUGCCUGCCAAGGCGGCCGCCAAGUUGGCGCCCAUGGCGGGUUCGCUCCCGAUCAACGUGUCCAAGAGCCGCAACGCCUCGGCGAUGUCUCUCGUCUUUGGCCGCAAGGAUGCCGUCUCCAAGAGCUGGAGCGACCUGUGGGACGAGGAGUUCGAGGAGGAGGAGGAGCAGCAGGCUAAGCAGCUGCAGACGCUCAAAGAGAUGAACUCGCGGACCUGGAGCCACGAGAGCACCGCUACGCCCUCGCUGGCCGCUGCCGAGAACGACGACACCCCUCGCCAAGGCUUGUCGCCUGUCACCAAGUCCGCUACCCUCGCCACCGACGAGCAUGCCAUCCUGUCUAUGGAUGGUGUCUUCGAUCAUGCCGACGAGGAAGACCCCGAGAUGGACGGCCUGUUCCUUUACGAGGCACCUCCCGCCAAGGAGGAGCCUCAGCCUGAGCCCCAGCAGGAGCCCCAGCUUCCGCGGAACGCUACGCCGUCUCGGAGCAACAACAUGGACAAGUGGGCAGCACUUGGCGAGCGCCGUCGGGCCCAUGGCAACAGCCCGCCUCCCAAGGUGGUGAACAUUUCUUUGCGGACAGGUCGGCCGGCACCGGCCACUCUCCUUGCCAGCUCCCCGAUCAAGGGGCGUGGCACCUUUGCUCUCCACAGCAACUCUCCUCAACCACUUUCUUCUGUCUCUCCGAAUCAUCACCACUACAAUCCUCAUCAGCAGCAACAGCAUCAUCACCACCCUCCCAAGGGUGGCAAGAGCAACAGUCGCGACCGCAACGCCAAAGAAUGCCCGCGGCAUAAGGGUCGCGACCGAGAAUGGAACUGGAACUUUGACUGGCGCAAGGAGAAGCGCAGUGGUUUCGGUUACCUCGAUUGGGUUGGUAACUGGCAAACCGCCCGCUCCUAA